AUGCGCAUGCCAUCAUCAACACAUCCCACAUCGACGACCUGGAUGGACACCACCAUCAUCAAUCACUACUCCAUCCAGACGUGGCUGGCUGUCUACCUCGGCAUACUGCAACGACCCGAUGACUUGGCUUGUCAAAUGAACGAGAACGAGAACGGCAAUGCAAAUCGUUUGGACUUCCUGGGUCCUGUCUGCAGCCCAUCUGUAGUCGUCCCAAUGUCCGGUAGCAGGGUGUCACCGCAUGAGAAAGCAGAGCAGCCCACGAAUUUCACUGUGGCUGCUAGUUGCGAGCAACAGAAUCAAUGGGCGAGGGAGAGAGCCAUCCAUCAUGUUCGCCUCUCCAGAGUUGGUGGCAUCGCUCAAGACAAGAAAGUAACCUGGGGCGUAUCGAGUACCACACCCUAUGUCCAGAAACAGGCCCUGAUUCGCGAGGAGGCGGUGCCGGCACUGCAAGCGGGACUAAAGAUUGUAGCCACUAGCAUCUCUUUCCGCCGUUUCCCUCCCAAUCAGGGUAUCAAGAGCCCGUGGACUUUUCGGUUUAUUCCUACGACCUGGACCUUGCUUCGGGUCGCCCUGGAGUCGUCCACCGAGGAUGAAGAGAACACCCGGGAUGGCAUUGCUUCCGCGUCGACGUUCGGCCUGAAGAUGUCAGAGCCGUCCUCAACUCUGCCACGAUCAUCAAUGUAUCCAGCGUUCCACAGGCUGUUCAUGCUAGAAGUCGGAUCUGUGCUCCGUCUCUUCGGGCUGUCGAGGCACUUGAAAGAUUCCCAGCGCCACAUGAGGAUCAUGCUGUUGAAGACAAACCCGGGUUGA